AUGCUGUCGUCGAUACUCCUCGCUCUGGUGGUAGUCGGACUCGGGGUGGGGGUCGUGCUGAGUCUAGGGCGAGAUGCCGACUACUAUCGUCCAGUGUUGUACUUUGCGAAAGCCACGGAAGAUAUAGAAGUGCUGCAGUCGAGCGGAAGUACCGAGACGAAGGUCGAGACGUUGGGCUCGUUGAUAGAGCAUAGGUGCCCAAGUCUUUCCAGACACUUCAAACCAAUCUGGUGGCUCUUCAGCGGACAUCUGCAGACUGCGUACUCCGUAGUCGGAGACUUCUCUAAGGUAGAUACAGUAGAGUAUGAAAGGACACUCCUACGUACCCUAGAUGGCGGGACUCUUGGUCUUGAUUUUACGCCGCCUGAGAGCGUGCAGAAACUCCCAGAUGAUACGCCUACCAUCGUCGUACUUCACGGACUUACGGGAGGCUCCCAUGAAUCAUACGUUCGUGCGGUGGUAUCUCCCGCAUGCAUGCCCAUAGAGGAUGGAGGGCUGGGAUAUCGCGCAAUUGUGGUAAACUUCCGGGGGUGUGCGGGUGUCCCUGUCACAAGCCCGCAGCUAUAUUCCGCUGGACAUACUGGAGACAUCCGCGCGGCGAUGUACUACAUACGCAGACGCUACCCGCAUGCGCCCCUGCUCGGUCUGGGAUUUUCGCUCGGCGCGAACGUGCUGACUCGUUACGUUGCCGAGGAGGGCGAAGACUGCAGACUUGCCGCUGCAUGCGUACUAGCUUGCCCCUGGGACUUAGUGACGAACAGUGAAGCGCUCGAAGGCAACUGGUUCCACCGCCACGUCUACUCCAAAGCGCUCGGCUCGAACCUCCAAGCUAUCGUCAAGCAGCAUGCCGCCGGCCUGAGCACGCCGCCCUCGCACCCGGUCGCGCAGGCGGUCGCCCCGACCCUCGCACUACGCUCGCCCACGCUCGAGACAUUCGACGAGACGUUCAACCGCAUCGCCGGCGGGUCAUCGCCGCCGUUCCCAUUCCCGAGCGCACGCGCGUACUACACCUGGGCGUCGUCGCACGCCGCGCUCCCGCGCGUGCGUGUGCCAUUCCUCGCCAUCGCCGCGGAGGACGACCCGAUCGUGCAGGUGCUCCCCGUGCACGCGGGUCGAAACGGCUGCGUCGCGUUCGCGGUGACGAAGAAGGGUGGGCACCUCGGGUGGUUCGAGAGGGGCGCGGAUAAGACGAUCGGGCGGUGGUUCACCCGGCCGGUGUUGGAGUGGCUGAAGGCUGUUGGGAGUGAUAUGGUCGUGCGCGAGCGGCCGGGGAGACCGCUGAAGGACGUGGACGGGUUCCUGAUGGAGGUGGGACGCGACAAUGUCGGGUGCAAGCAGGUCGAAGGCGGCGGACGCGUGAUUGGGACGGAGGGGGAGGAAGGCCUUCUGGCUGGUUUGUGA